AUGGUUGGCACUUCGAUUUGGACACGACCCAUCACCCGCUGGGUAUGCCGAAAGAAGACGGAAGGAUUGUCUUCGGAGCACAUUUGUAAACUCUUCAAGGAGGAGAACCCCAAAUGGCUUGUAAAGGAAAUGUCCGUGGGAAGUGUCAAAUACAUUCUAGGGGGCGUUCACGAGUAAGUAUUCUCGAUGUAUUCCAAAGCUGAGAGCCCAGCUGACUAUUAUUUCAGCGGCUAUUUCGGCAAGCGAUCAGAAGGUUGUAAAUGCAGCGAAAAUGAUGAUAGCGAUCGUGAGGAACUUGCUGCUCCAGAGUCGGCGAAUUCAAAUCACGCAAUCGAUCCUCUUCUCCGAUUGAGCGUUGAAAAUCAUGGUGCUUAUUCAUCUCCAUACCAAAACAAGUCAUCUCAAAACAACCUCUAUCAAAAUAAUCCAUAUCAAAACAACCAGAUCAACAAUCAACUGUCCGGUAAUGUUUCUCACCAUGGCUCGGGAUCUCGGGCAUCUUCUAGAGCCAUUCCAGAAGCUAGGAUGGUCUCGGAUAACUCUCAAAAUCUCCAGUCAAACUUUGGUGCUUUGGAUGACGAAUUCGGCAGUGGCAUUGGUCUUCUUCAGCAAUCCAACUUGAACACCCCCUGGCCUGAGGGAGCCGACCCAGCGGUCGUUAACUUCCAUUCACAAGCGAGUGCGACUGCAGCUCAACACGAGGUAUCCCAUAUGGGCGCAGCUUAUCCACCAAAUUCCUGGGGAAACAACUUUACUGGAGGGGGGGCAUUUGAUUUUCAACAGCCUUUCGGUCAGAACAAUCAUGGCAACCAGUUUGCAGGAGAGUCGCCUUAUGGCUUUGGCAUGCUUGAAGAGCAAGAACCACUUACGCCACGCUUUGAGUAUCCGCCUCCACCAGAUGCAGUUACACCGCCAGAUGAGGUUAUGGGUCAACAUAACCGUAGACAAAAGGCAGCCGAACAGUCUGAGACUUUGAAGAAGCUUGCCGAGAAACAAGAACGAGCCCGCAUGAUGACAUCGAUGGGUAGACAAAUCCCAAACAACAAUACGCCCGUUUAUAUGGGAACCUCCCCCAACCAAAUGCCCUUGAUGGGAGGCGUCUCAUACCAAAUGACCGAUGCAGGCAAUGGUUUUCAACAAGGUCUUGGUAGCAUUGGGCCACCAAUUUCGUACCCUCAACAGUUCGCAACGACUGCCAACUCCGUUGAAGCUCAGCAUAUGCAAGGUCCACAGACUGGUAAUUCUCUGCAACAGCAACAAAUGCCAGAUCAAGGACACGGGGUGCCAUUGGGUAGCAGUCAGAAGGAGUAUUUGGCCCGAGUUGUCAAUCAAGCUAAGCUAAGUAAGCAAGGAGGUCCUGCUCUUAAUCCAUUUUCACCACCGGCAGUUGUUCCAUCAAGCCAAGCCCAACAGCUUCUCUCCAUGGGAUCUCAACAAAACAUUCAAACUGGAAAUGCUACCUUGACAGCGUCGCAACGCCGUACCUUGGCUCAAAAUCGUAAGCAGCUCCACUCUAAAGGUAGUAAUGGAGGCUCUCAGAUCGCUACUGGUACUUUGUCUGGAUCCACAACCGCAAAUCCUCCAGCAAAGGCAACUCGCCGUGCACCAGCGAAGCCCAUUAACAAUUCAAACCUGGCAGCACCUCCAACAACCAAUGCCUCCUCGGCAACCGCGCGACGCUCGUCAUCUGCCAGAAAUGCCGCCUUUUUGCGAGCUGAAUCUGGUGAAAAUGCGCUCAACAAUGAAAGACCGGUUGAAAUUCAGAGCCCUUUUGUCGUUGGAAAAAUUUCGCUUCCUGAGAAUCCCCAGGACGAAAUAUAUGUUGAGCCAGUUUGCGCAACCCCAAUUCAGGAUAACCAUCUUAUUGUCCUCCGGAACCCCGCAAAGCCCCAACAAAAGCUCGUUGACUGGUUGAAGACUGUAGGUGGGCAUGGAUACGUAAUGCUGCCACGACAAAAGCUGCCUGGAUUUCAAGCAUUACAAGCUACUCGAGCUGAACAAUCCAACUACGCCAUUAUGCAGGGACAACAAAAUAUCCACUUCGCAUUUCAACAGGCGCACCGCCAGAUUUUGGGUAGCUCUCAACCAGAUCUUCAACAAACCCAAAACGCCUCUCAAAGUCUCGCUUCUAUCGUAUCCCAAGAAUCCGCUCUUGGCUUUGUCUCGCACAACACUCCACUGAUGCCCUCGCCAGCAUUUACCCCACAAGAAGCAUCGAGUCCCCAGCAACAAACAUCGAUGAAUCAGCAAGAACCUUCCUCCCUGCCUUCACCACAAGUUCAACAUUCUACACCAGGCAGCAAGCGUCCCCGGGAAGAUUAUUCUGAUGAUGUACAGCACCCUGGCAAACGUUUGAAGGCACUGGUACUCUCUGUGGUAUCAGCAGCAGAGCCUGUUGAAGAAGACUUGGGAGAAGGAAAUUGGUUGGAUGACGAUGAAUGGCUCGUCUAA